AUGCAGUUCUCAUCUUUAUAUCGUUUUGCAGCCAAAGUUGUUGACAUGUCCCGACCAAAGGUUUUCUUCGACGUCACCGUAGGUGGACAAUCUGCUGGCCGCAUUGUCUUCGAGCUCUACAACGAUAUCGUUCCAAAGACCGCCGAGAACUUCCGCGCCCUCUGCACUGGUGAGAAGGGAACUGGACGCUCUGGAAAGCCCCUCCACUACAAGGGAAGCACCUUCCAUCGUAUCAUCCCCAACUUCAUGCUUCAGGUUAGUUUUUGCAUGUUUUAUUUGAAUUUUAGGUUUAUUUUUGAGGAUUAUGCGUAUAGUUUGGCUUGAUAGAGGUUUUUGAACGUAAUUUUGGUGUUUUAGGUAUUUCUUUGUAUGAUAAACAUGUUAUUUUAUUGUUUUUAGGGAGGUGACUUCACCCGCGGCAACGGAACCGGUGGUGAAUCCAUCUACGGCGAGAAGUUUCCCGACGAGAACUUCCAAGAGAAGCACACCGGCCCAUACCUCUUGUCUAUGGCCAACGCCGGUCCCAACACCAACGGAUCCCAAUUCUUCAUUACCACCGUCAAGACCGAGUGGCUCGAUGGCAAGCACGUUGUCUUCGGCAAGGUUCUGGAAGGCCAAGACGUCGUCAAGAAGCUCGAAACCCACGGAUCUCAAUCCGGCAAGACCAGCAAGCCAUGCGCCAUUGCUGACUGCGGCCAAUUGUAA